AUUACUAGGAGCAGCUGGGAGGGAGCCAGGCCGUCAUGUGACAGCCUCCCUCCCACCAUCUCUGGCUCCUUCGUGGCCUGACAGUGAGCAUGUUUUGGUGCGGUGGGCGGAGUCACACAGGAAACCCUCCAAUUAGACCACUGAUGUAUCAGAUGGCCGAAACGAGCUGCGGAGUGCCCACCGUAGGGGCAGCGUUUUGUCCUGGCCCCCACGGCCUCAGCCUCCCACUCGGAGCAGCGGUCCAGGGCCACUGAGCCAUGAGCUAUUUCCUGGUGAUGAGCGAGCAGCACGGUGGACGAGUUCUGAGCCAGUACCAGCGGCUGCGCUCACAGAAGUUCCUCUGCGACGUGUUGCUGGUGGCGGCGGAUGGCACACCCUUCCCAGUGCACCGCAGCUUGCUUGCCUGCUCCAGCGACUACUUCUGGUCCAUGUUCAAGGAGCACACACAGGAGUCGCAGGCUAGACGCGUUGUGCUGCCGGCGCUGUCCUCCAGGGGGCUGCAGAUCAUCUUGGACUUCAUGUACACCUCCUGGCUCUCGCUAGCGCCCUCUACACUGGAGGACACACUGGAGGUUGCCAGCUACCUGCAGGUGACUCAUGCAGUGGACCUCUGCAGCCAAUACAUGAGCGACAGCCUCAGCCUAGACACCUGCUGCUUCUUCGCCAACAUGGCUGCCCGCUAUGGGGUGCCCGGUGCCCUGACUGCAGCCAACAGUUUCAUCGGCACCCACAUGGGGGAGCUGCUGGGCCCAAGGGGAGACCAUGCGGGGCUGCUCGAGUUGAACCUGGACUCCUUGCAGGAGGCACUGGCGGUGCCAGAGAUGUCUGGGGUGGACGAAUUGCCGCUGCUGCUCCUGGUGCUGGAUUGGCUAGACAGCAACCACGUGAGUGCCUUGAAGAGUGACCUGCUGCUAAGCAGGAUCCGCUUUGGGUUGGUCCCGCCAGAGGUGCUGUCCUGGCUCUCCUCGGGCCGGGCCCCUCUGCAGAGCCCAUUUGUGCACAGCCUGGUCCUCAAAGCCCUGCGGUACCACGCACAGGGACCCCGGCAGCCUCUGCUGCAGAGCCCCCAGACCAUGCUGCGUGCCACCACCACCCAGGUGCUGCUGGUAGGGGGCAGCUCACAGGCAGGCCAGCCCGAGAGGCAGGUCCUGGCCUUCUUCCCCCGCCACCGGAAGCUGCAGCACCUCACUGACCUCCCCUGCACAGUCCGGCACCACUGCGCCUGCACCGUGGGCAACUUCCUGUUCGUCCUUGGGGGAGAGCUCAUGCGUGCUGGUGGGGUUGACGAUUCAGUGGCCAGCAACCAGGUGUGGCGCUACGACCCCCGUUUCCGGCGCUGGGAGAUGGUGCCCCCUAUGGGGGAGCACCGGGCACAGUUCUCAUGCUGUGUAGUGAAUGGUGUGAUUUACGCAGUAGGGGGGCGGCGGGAGAAUGGCGUGCCUCUGGACUCGGUGGAGGCAUAUGACAUGCGUGUGGGCCGGUGGCAGCCGGUGGCGGUGCUGCCGUGUGGCAUGUACGGUCAGGCCUGCGUUGCAUACCAGCACAAUAUCUACAUAUCUGGAGGGAUCCAGGGUGAGCAGCACCAGAGCAGCAAAGACAUGCACCGUCUGGAUCUCUGUGGGCCACAGUGGAAAAAAUGCGCAGCCAUGUCGAUUGCCCGCUCCGGCCACCAGAUGGCAGCACUGAGCACCAAGCUCUAUGUCUUCCUGGGAAUGUACGAGCUAUUCAGCGACAUAGAGUGCUUUGACCCGGACCAUAACGAGUGGAGUCGCCUCCGGCCCAUGCCAAGCGACCGCUUCAGUUAUGGCCUGGCUCCGCUGGAGGGCGCUGCCCUGCUGGUGGGAGGCCGGAAGUGGCGUGAUGGGCAAGAGGUAGCCACAGCAAACAUACUUGAGUACACCCCUGAGAGUGACAGCUGGAGGGAGGUGAGCAAGCUGCCGCGGUCCCUGAGCGGGACACAGUGUACACUCAUGCUGCUGCCCAACCCCCACCACAUGUAGGCACAAGCGACCACCCCGGUGACCGUGCUUCUGGCUACGUGGCAGAGUGCAGCUUCAGAAAUGACUGUGAGGAAUUUGGUCGAGAUGUAGGCACUGGACGGUGGCAGCUCUCGACCGGAUUUACAGCCCUGGCAACUAUGCGGCAGGACUGAUGACAUCAAAGCUGGGAUUUUGUGGUGGCAGAAGAGGUCAGUGGUAAGAAGAGCUGAUUUAGCACAGUGAUUCCUGGAAGUGUGAUGAUGGGCAGAGGACACAGCAGGCUGGGACAGGAGGAGCUGACUGUUUAAAUAGGUACAGACAGCAAGGAGAUGGACAGGGGACAGGCCCGGGAGUGCCCAUGGCGUGGAGUGGGCUGAGGUCACCCUGCGCCCCCAAGCGGGGCUCACGGCUUUGUCCUGAAAGUGCUGCCAUGUUGCAGGAGGAGACAUGGAGGCAGCAGCCGGGGCGGUUGGUGCAUGAGGAGACAGAGAGGCAGAAAUACAGAGUGCCACAGAGUGACCGGAAGCAGAAAAAAGCAUCAUCUUAUAUAAUUAGUAAUGUAGCUAAAAUGUCCCGGGGGGUCAUCUGGUGAUUUGUCUCGCUGAUCAUCUGGAAACUGUAGAGAAAAGCCAAGCGAAAACCGAAUACAGGCCAAGUAGCAUAUUAUGGGUCCGUGUUUAUUUUGGCCAUUCGAUUUUCAUUUUGGAAUCAAUAAUUAAAAAACCAAAAAAACGACAUGUAAUUUGUUUUUUAAUAUAAAGUCCAAAGUCUAAAUAUCAUAAAACAAAACAUUUUUUAAAAUUUCCUUUAAAAUAUGCACAACAAAAACUGAAGCUGGCCAGAACGAGAAUAGAGCGGUUUUAUUGUUUUCUGGCACCGGAUGUUACGUACAAACUGUGCGUGUGUGUGCGAGCACAAGUCAAGAGGGUCUAGCUGUAAACGCCUGUAGAGUGGAGCUCCACCCGAAAUACGUCACCUCCACAGGAACCAUGUGAUCUUUAAGGACGUAAAGUGGAGCUCUGGUUAGGGUUAGGCUUAAGGUUAAGGUUUUUUUAUUGAGAUCAGGUGUUCCCUGUGGAGAUGACAUAUUUCCGAUGGAGCUCCACUCUACAGGCUUCUCACACAAGUGGCGCUACAUUCAACAUCCCGGACACACAGGUGCUCUGGAACAAAGCAGGGCAGGUAGUUUUAGCCAACAACACUUCUUUCGGAUUUAUAUUAUAAUGUUGGGUUCGAAACUCGGACAAGAACAUUCUUGGUGCGUUCAAUUAUUAAGUCGGAACUUGGAUGAAAACGUCACGAAACGCCAUGAAAAACGUCACUUCCCAUAGGAAACACGUCUCUUUUAUGAUGUUGAUGUUGGAUAGAAUGGUGUGUUCAAUUAUUUCUCUCCGACUUGGAACUCGGACGAAAAUGCCACGAAACAUCACGAAACACGCCUCUUUAACGACGUUGAUGUUGGACAGAAUUUUCUUGUCCAAGUUGUCCCGUGACGUAAUUUCAACAUGGCAGCUUAGACAUUCAACAGUAGUUCUAUUUUAUAAAUCUUUAGAAAUGUUUAUUUUGUUAAAUGUAAUAAUAAUUAUAAAUGUAAUUGCACGUGUUCGAUUUAGAGAGUAUCAUAUCGUGACCGUAAACAGUAUCCUAGCAUGCAAUAUCAGAUUUUUACCAGACUUGUUAAUGUCUUUCGUUUGUUUGCAGUUUGUUUGCCUCUCGAAAAAAGAGCAUCACUAUGAAUGUACUAAAAUAUUUUAUAAAGCUUUUAAUGUGGUUUGACUAGUUCCUGUUUCUUGUUUGUUUUUCCCUCGGAAAAAAAAUAUUUCAUUCCAAAUCUGCUAAAAUAUAAAGCAUCAACACACAGCAGCGUGUUCAUGGAGGCAGCCAUGUAUGUUCUGAGUUGUGGUAGCUCGAACAGGAGAUUUUUGGACGUAAUGUCACUGAACUUGGAAUUUCCGACUUCCAAGAGAAAAACGAACGCACCAUUGUGCUCGUACACACGCGCACGGUUUGUACGCAACAUCCGGUGCCAGAAAACGAUAAAACCAAUGUAUUCUCGUUCCGGUCAACUUGAAUUUUUAUUAUGCAUAUUUUAAAGGAAAUUUUCAAAAAAUGGCUUAUUUUCUUAUAUUUUGACUUUGGACUUUAUAUUAAAAAAACAAAUCAUCUCUCUGGUUUUUUAAUUAUUGAUUCCAAAACGAAAAUCGAAUGGCCAAAAUAUACACCCAUUAUGCCAUAAACAAUUGAAUAAAUGUAGUUUUAAAAUGUG